AUGUCUAUCUUGAUCCUCGAAACUGCGGAGAAGCAGGUCAAUGUCUCUAAAGUCGAAGACAAGAAGCUAGCCCCCUCAAGUCGUUACUUGUUUCAAACUAGUGCCGUCCUUUACCGCAGAGGGGGUUUCCGUCUUCUCCUAAAUGGCAUCGGUUCCGCUUGUACCUACUGGGUGAUGCACUCCUCGGUGACGAAACUAUCAACUACUCUGCUUCCUAGUCCGGUGGCGUAUAUUAUUACAUCAGUCCUGCUCGCGGAGAACCAUUUCUUCUGGACCGCGCACACCGUCCUUCCGCGCGACCAGCUGCGCUUUGUGUCUACUCCCCGCGAUCGCAGACGAUGGAGAGCUCUCGUACUUCCCACUUUGAUCUACUCCGCGGCUGAAGCAGUGAUGAUGUAUUUGCCGGAUCUACUCAACAGUAGUCUUGCUCCGGCGUCGAACGAGAAGGUCACGAUAGAGGGGUCAUUUUAUAUUGUGAGAUCCGAUAUCCUGAUAUCGGCGCUCAUGCUCUUUACCCAGAUUUCUCUCCUGCUUCCCUCUAACAUCGUGUUGAUUCUGGUGCAGGCCAGUCUUCUGCCACCGAGCUGCGAGACGUUGAUUUUUAGGCCGUCACGACAGCAGCAGCAGGGUAUACGGGUAGGAGAGAUCAUUUCGGCGGCCAACCGAGAACCGCUACAGGCACGGGAGGCGGCGCAGAUGAUUGGGAUAGGAAGGUUGCUUAAUUGUCUGGAACUGCAUGGAAAGAUGUGUUUAUGUUUGCUUGUAAUUGGCGCUAUGGUGCAUUUGAUGGUCUACUCUAUGUUGUAA